AUGCUUCUCUUCCUGACGAUGCUCGCCAUGAUCCCCCAACCCGCACUCCCAAGCAGCUCACCAGCGACUUCCGGAAGCGAUCUUGCCUGCGACAAUCACCGUAGUCUCUACACCAUUGUAUGGGGCUGCUUUACAACACUCUUCGCUUGCAUCUGGGUUUCAGCGCAUCCAAACGUUCCUCCGCCCGCCCCUCCUUCGCCUCGCAAGGAUGCCACGCUGGGGGCCCAUUUGAAAUCAUACUUGAUUGAUGGAACAAUCGGACUAUGGCGCCGCCUCAAACUUGUUCUUGUCGCGUUCAUCGCUCCAGAAUUGAUUGUAGGAUUUGCGGGGAGGCAGUUCGAAACUGCGCGGUACUUUUCCACGACUCAAGCAUUCGACAUUUCGCUCACCCAUGGCUUCUUCAUUUCCAUGGGCGGUUUCAUCGACGCAGAAAAACACCCUAUCGUCGACAGCAGGCAUGUGGAACAACACAUCCUGCAAAUCCGCGAAAUAUCUGAGCAAGAUAUUUGCAACAGGAGCCAAGGGGACGCGUUCUCGAAAACUGUCGCAUUACUGCAAACGAGCUGGUUUGUCGUGCAAUGCCUGGCACGAUUCCAGCAGAAUCUCACGGUAACCGAGCUUGAGGUAGCCACCCUCGCCUUUGCUGUCGUCAAUGCAUUCAGCUGGCUUCUUUGGUGGAAGAAGCCUCUGGAUGUUCGUGCGCCAAUUGUUCUCGGACUCACAGUGGGGAAAGUGGCUCGCGAUCCUGCCCUAGAACAGAUCCAACCUGCUGGCAAUGAGCAGCACCUGCGCCGCCAUCGUCCUCUUCGCGAGAGAUUCUAUUCUCUCUUCGGCAAUUCGCUUAGUUCCCAGAACUACUUCUACGAGGACGCGGUUCCCACUUUCUAUUUUGCGAGUGGUUGGGACGACCAUGAACGAUACACACCGGCCAUAUCGUUGCUGGUCGCGCUGAUAUUCGGCGCCGUCCAUUGUGCAGCCUGGCGCUCGCAUUUCCUGACCGUCGAGGAGUUGUGGCUUUGGCGCGGCGCCACGCUUGUCCUGUGUGUUGUGCCAAUCCCGCCAUUAUUUGCUCAUUUGUGGGCGACGCUCGGGGGUACGGGGCCACUAUCUCAUAGGGUCCUGCCACUCUAUGUCGUGGGUGCGGCUUAUUAUGUUCCCACCCGCAUUAUUCUGGUUCUGCUCCCAUUGCUGGCAUUGCGCCAUGCACCGGAUGCCGCGUAUCUUGAAGUAAAUUGGAAUAGGUACUUUCCGCAUAUAUACUCCUAG